ACUUAUAUGACCUUGAUACGAAAGCAACGGCCAUCAUGCUUGCGGAACACUCAUACCCACAAACCAACAAACACGCGUUUUCCAAUACUAAUUUGAACAUGUUUAGAGCGUGGCUUCAAAGCUUGCGGCGGAGUCAACAAAGCUGGGUUGUUUUCAGAGACGGUGUCGGUGCCGUUGGUGUUACGGAGUUGUAGUGGUCGAGGUCGUAGCAAAGCGAGUUUUAAUCUCCAGGCGAGAUAGGAGCUGGAGCUGGUGCCCCGGUCUAUAAGGGUUAGCUUCUGAAGCUGUUUUUCUUGUGGUAGAUAAGAGGGUCAAGUAGAGGCUGUGCAUAGGCAGCCGGAGCCUCUCAACACUAGUGUUUUUUUUUUUUUUUUUUUUUUUUUUUUUUUUUCUGUUUCGAGUGUCGCAAUGAGCAGCUCGGUAGUCGCCACCUCUGCUUCGGGUGCGGCUGGGGGUCACAAAUCCAGGAGCGCUGGGAAAGGGAGAAGGAGAAGAGCAGCAGCCGAGCAGCGAAGAAUUGAGCAACAGAGGUGGGGAGGGUAUGCACAGGACGAUGAGGAGGAUUUCAGUGUGGUAGCUGCUCCUAGCCCUCCCACCUCACGACGCCGUUCGAGGCGGCGGGAUUCAGUCGAAGAUCGUCGGGAGGAUUCCUUCGACUUGACAAGGAGUGAUCAUCUCGCAGCGUUCGAUGACAUUGGUGCGGACUUGGAACUCGCUCUGGCGUUGUCUGUUUCAUUUGCGGAGACGAACCCAGGAUUCGUUCAUCGGACUGACAGGUCCUUCGCACCGCUCAUCGUUGACAUGACGUACGAGAGCUUGGUGCAGCUGGAGGACGUGCGUUGCGUUGCAUCCGCUGCAACGGUGGCCGCCUUGCCUGUGUGCUUGCCGGAGAAAGUACCCGAAGCAGUCUCCGAGGCGUGUGUGAUUUGCCAAGAGGAAUUCGAGGACGCCGACUCGCAAGUGCAGCUCCCAUGCUCCCAUGUCUUUCAUCAGCCUUGCGGAGCUCACUGGCUACUCAUUCACUCCAAGCUCUGCCCUAUUUGCAAACACGAUGUUACAGAAAGUGCUGCAGCUGAGACAACAUCACCAUCAUCUCAGUCUCGUUAAGUUCUCCCAUUCUGAUUCCUCUUCUGCUCAAUCCCUCAUUCAAACAAAUUAUUCUGUAUAUAUAUUCUUUACUUCUCUGUGAGUCUCUAGUGUUAGCGAUGCACCUUCAGACACACAGCUUGUAGAUAAUGAGCCCGUGGAACAAGGCGAAGAUGAUGCAACUAGAUCAUUUUUUUAAAACAAUUUUUUUCGAUUCUUGACAUAGUUGAAGGCUCGUCCUGAAGUGGGACAUGAGUCGACUAUGUUAGGGCAAUUUUGUAGUUUUAUUUUGAUGAGUUUAUCAAUUGAGAAAUAAACGAUGCUUCACACGA